GCCAACGCCGUUACCGAGCGAGCAGAAUAAGCGGUGGCCAUGGCGGAGCAGCCACGGCCCUGUCCCGAAGAGACGGCCCUCGACGGGGCUCCGGAGAUGCCGAACGCUGGAAAGUUGCGUCCUGCAGGAAACACGGUUGCGAGUUGUCUCAAAGAGGUGGUACCCAGGCCUGUUACUCCGACUGUUGUACGAAAGUUUCGAAAUACAACAGAUCCAGCUCCUGGUGCUAAAGUAAUAUUCUAUGGUGCAGCAGAUGAUCCCGAUGUUGCAACUCACUUGACACAUGGCAUAAAGUCAAGCUCCAAACUCACUGUAGCUUCAUUGAUAAGUCCAGUUGCUAAGAGUGAAUUUCAAGAAAAGAUACAAGACAUGAAAGAAGCAAUUUACUCUAGUAAACGUGAAGCACCUUUGGGUAGAUCACAUGAUCAAUCUUCUAAGUUACCUGAGGGCUUGGAUAUAAUCAAUACUACAUUUGGAAUAAAAGUCUUCAAAGAUUUAACAGCUGGAGAGCUUGUAAAUCCACCAAAAACUUUUGAGGAAGUGGAUAAAGAAGCGAGAGAAGGACAUAAUUUGUAUGUUCUGUCACAUGAGGAUUAUUAUGCGGGGGAACCAAUCAAUAGGAAGUAUAACUCACACUUUGACAAGUCUUUUGUUUAUGGAAUGGAAACCCCUCACUACGAAGAUGGGCGAAAUACAGCCAAGACCUUAAACUGGGUCUUGGACCUGGAUUCGAAGAGAGCACCACACCUUGUGUCAAAAAGAAGCGAUGAUUUCAAGGAAAAAUUCCAGCCUCUGGUUGGAAAAGCUUUUGAUCCUAUAGCAGAAACUAUGAAUGUUCCCCCAGACCAUACAUUUGGAUUGAUGAUCCCUCCAGAUGAAUAUGAUGUUCAUGAUCUUCUUCAUGUCCGGGUUCCAUGUGAGUUCCUACGUGGGAAGGGCAGAGAAAGAGUUAUCUUGAUUGCAGUUCGGCAAAGUCUGAAGAAAGCUAACUAUGAGAAUUUUGAUGUGUUACUAGAAGCAUUAAGACAUUUUGAUAAGAAUGGUGAUGGAAUCAUACACAAGGAUAACCUACGAAAGAUCUUUUUUCAGCUGAAUGUGAAUCUAGAUGAUGAGCUCCUGGAUUCCUUAUUUGACUGCUGUGAUUUGGAUAAGGAUGGUCUGAUUAAUUACCAGGACUUUGCGAACUUUCUGAACUGGAAAGAUAAAAUGGGUGUUAAAGAGUUUGAAGAAAAAAUAAUUACAAAAGGGAAAAAAUUAGAUGCCUGUCUUCACAAAGACACAAAGAAAGAGGAUGAGCCACUACUAGAACAGGAAUAUCUCAAGUUAAAAGAAUCAGGAAGCUCAGAAAAAAUGCCAAAACCACUUAGAAGAUCAACAGACCGUGUAUAUACAAAUUAUCAAACAACAUCUUCUCAGUAUAAUGCUGUCGUAGGUGGUAUCCCAACAUCCUGUUAUCCAUUGUGUGGUGUUCCAACUGUUCGUUCAGAUAUUCCUGCUCCUCGAAUUCGCCGCCUCAGUGACACAACUAAUUAUGGUGACCAGGGCAAUGGUUUUACAAUAUUGUUCCCUUCUGUCUUCAGUCAAAAGGGAGUGUAUGAAAAAGAUCUUUUAAAAAACAGACCAAAAGCAGAGGUGCAGGUGGUGGAAAUGCUGCUUGAUGAAGGCAACUUCUUUCCUGCUGUGAAUGAAUAUUCUGCACUGUUGCCUCCCCAUCCUUCUGGAACUCUCUGCAUGCACUCAGAAGUGUGCAGGAAGCUGACUGACUGUCCCAAGUGGAAUCAUGACAGAAAGAUAAAUGUACAGAUAAUUACAAUUGAAUUUGUUAUGUUAGACUUUUACCGCCUUCAGUGAAAUCCUCUAAAGCUUCUUUUCUGCUUACAUUAUGUGGGAGGGAAGAAUACUUUACCUUUGUUGCAGCUAACUUUCAGUAGCAUUGGAGAGAAUUACUUUAGAAAAAACCCAAGUAUUUUUCCUCUUCAAUAGAAAAUUUUCGAUGAAAUAUUCAAGCUCACUUCAGGGGAAAAUUAAAAAAUCUUACUGGAUCUGUGUAUGUGUGUGUAUACAUGUAUAUGUAUGUGUAUGUAUAUGAGAUCUGUUGUGUUUGUUCAGCAGCUUGAAAUUCUGUGAACCCUAUUUUUUUUUAAUCUACCAUAAAGAUACUUGUGCUCCUCUACUUUCAGUAGAAUCUUUUCCUUUGUCAAUAAAAUGGAAUUAAUGUUGUUCUUGGUCAGUCUGCUAAAUAAGUUCUGAAUAAAGAAGACUGAUAAAUCAUGGU